CAACGCUACAUUUUAAGUGAACUAAUAUGUUCACAAACACUCUUAAGUUCAUUUUCACACCUUUUUUAUAUUAUUGAGUAUUUUGUUCGUUUGUAUGAACUAACACAAUGUACUUUACUCAUUACUCUCAAGGCGGUUUCCUUGAGUAUUUUCCGUAAGAUGGAGUAUGGGUACACAGUCUAUCCAGAUGAAUACUUUCCUUCUGCUCAGGAAGAAGAAGAGGAGGAAUGGGAUCGUCAAGCAUAUUUGGAUCCAAUGUGGGAAAUACAGCAGAAAAAAACUUUCACAGCAUGGUGCAAUUCAUAUUUGAGAAAAGUGAAAUGCUCAAUUGAAAAUAUUGAGGAAGAUUUCACUGACGGGCUUAAGCUUAUUCAACUGUUAGAGACUUUAUCUGAGGAGCCUUUACCCAAACCCGAUAGAGGAAAAAUGCGUUUUCAUAAACUCGCGAAUGUUAAUAAGGCAUUAGAAUAUAUAGAAAGUAAAGGUGUUCAACUAGUUUCUAUUGGCGCUGAAGAAAUCGUUGAUGGGAACAUAAAGAUGACUCUUGGGAUGAUAUGGACAAUAAUUUUACGGUUUUGUAUCCAAGAUAUUACCGUUGAAGAAAUGUCAGCUAAAGAAGGUCUUUUAUUGUGGUGUCAGCGCAAGACUGCUCCCUAUAAAAAUGUAAACGUACAAAAUUUUCACAUGAGUUGGAAAGAUGGUUUGGCAUUCUGUGCUCUAAUACAUCGUCAUCGACCAGAUCUGAUUGACUAUUCAAAACUCUCAAAAGACAAUCCAAUACAGAAUUUAAAUUAUGCUUUUGAUGUAGCUGAAAAACACUUGGAUAUCCCAAGAAUGUUGGAUGCUGAAGAUAUGGUAAAUACAGUGAGACCAGAUGAAAGGUCUGUUAUGACUUACGUUUCAGCUUAUUAUCAUGCAUUUGCAGGUGCACAAAAGGCUGAAUCAGCAGCUAAUCAAAUUACGAAAGUUUUAAAAAGUAAUCAAGACAAUGAGAAAUUAAUGCGAGAAUAUGAACAACUUGCAUCGGAUUUAUUGGCUUGGAUUGAACAACAAAUACCAUUUUUAAAAGAUCGAACAACUGAUGGAACCAUAUCUGGAGCUCGUUCAAAAUUAGAUCAUUAUAGAGGUUAUCGAGGCUUUGAAAAACCUCCUAGAUUAGAUGAAAAAACAUUGCUAGAAAAUACAUAUAAUACACUUCAAACACGAUUACGACUGGCGAAUCGUCCAUCUUUUCUUCCAACUGAAGGACGUAUGAUUGAAGAUAUUGAUUCAGCAUGGCGUCAGUUAGAAAACUAUGAGAAAGGUUUUGAAGAUUGGUUAGUUGCUGAAAUUAAACGACUUGAGCAAAUCGAAUAUUUGGCGAAAAAAUUUCGUUUAAAAUGUUUGACUCAUGAAGCAUGGGCAGAUGGAAAAGCAAAUGCACUUUCGUUAGAAGACUAUGAAGGGGCUAGUUUAUCGACUUUGCGUGCUUUAGCACAAAAACAUGCUUCAUUUGAAGGGGAUUUGGGUGCACAUCAAAAUCGAGUGGAACGUAUUGUGGCUAUAGCUGAAGAACUGAAUCAAUUGAAUUAUGAUAAAGUUCAGUCCGUGAAUGAACGUACUCAAAAUAUUGUAGAACAAUGGGAUAAUUUGGGACGAUUAUCAGAAAUCCGAAAGCAUAAGAUUCAGGGCAUCUUGGAUUUGCUUAAUCAAAUUGAUCAUUUGCAUUUAUCAAUUGCCAAACGCAUAGCGCCUUUUAAUAAUUGGUUAGAACAAGUGCAUGAAGAUCUUCAAGAUAUGUUUAUUGUGAAUAAAGUUGAAGAUGUAAUGUCUCUUAUUAAUGGACAUGAAAAUUUUAAGAAAACUCUUCCAGCUGCACAAAAAGAAUUAAAUGAUAUAAUCACAGAAGUAGAACAAGUGAAAAAACUAAUUAAAUCACAUAAUUUAUCAUCAGAAUUAUUAAACAAUCCAUACACUAUGAUUGAUUGCUCUACAUUACAAAAUAGAUGGGAUGCAAUGUAUUCAUUGAUUAGUGGAAGAGAUGAUGCAUUACAUCAAGAACUUAUUAAACAACAAGAAAAUGAUAAAGUCAAUACUCAAUUCGCUCAACUAGCUAAUCGUUUUGGACCAUAUUUAGAACAUAAUCUUGAAACAGUACAUUCUAUUAUAACAAAUCAAAAAUUAUCACUAGAAGAUCAAUCACAACGCUUAAAUAAAAUUGAAGAAGAUUUAGAAGGAUGGAAAUCAACAAUAACUGAAUUAGAAAACCUUCAUCAAAAACAACAAGAAUUUUUAAUUACACAUAAUCCUCAUACACGAUAUACAAUGGAAACUUUACGUGUUGGAUGGGAACAAUUGAAAACUAAUAUAAAACGCAGUCAAAAUGAAAUUGAAAAUCGUAUAACAGCUAAUGAUUAUCGUGGUGUUACAGAACAACAAAUUGAAGAAUGUCGUAGAUGUUUUAAUCAUUUCGAUAAACAUAGAACACGUCGAUUAGAUCCAUUAGAUUUUAGAGCUUGUCUUGUAUCACUUGGCUUUACAAUACCGAAUAGUUCACAGGGUGAAGCUGAUUUCAUGCGUAUUAUGAAAACUGUUGAUCCACAUUGUACUGGCUAUGUGACAUUUGAUGCGUUCAUGCAGUUUAUGUCACAACAAACAAUGGGAGCUGAUACAGUUGAACAAAUGGUUAAUUCAUUCAGAACUUUAGCAGGUGAUACACCAUACAUUACAACAGAACAAUUGAAACGUGAAUUGGAACCUGAACUAGCUGAUUAUUGUAUUAAUCGUAUGAAAGCAUACAAUGGACCAGGUGUCGCAAAUGGUGGCGCUUUAGAUUAUACCUCAUUUGCAGCAAGUCUAUACGGUGAAUCUGAAUUGUAAGAAAAUUAGUCGGACCAUAUAUUAGCACAAAGAGAUAUGUCAUUUUUAUGUUUUUAAAAAAAAACAUUUUAUGAGCUGGUAGAGUUUGUAUUUUCAUCAUUCGAAUAUAGAUAGAUUUAGUUAUAUAUAAAUAUAAUUAUAUAUUUGCGUAAAACAUCAAAGUAGUCUAAUUCUAAAACUGAAAUGUGUUAGAAAUCCCUUUUUCUUGAAGAUGUGAAAUAAUUUGCAUGAUUUUGAUGGAAAUUAACAUUCAGUACAUGCACUCGAUUUUCAGAAAUAAAAACCCAUAUCAUUUUAUUUGAUAUUUUCUUCCAUUUGAAAUAUAUAUUGGGUUGUACAUGACAAUCAGGGUAUAUUGAAUCAAAUAUAAAAUAACUAAACCCU